CUCUUGUCUAUUUAUUACUCAAAAUCCUUCCGUUCGUUCAUUUCCUUCUCUUCUUUCCUCCAACUCUCUCCCUCUGUCCCUUCUCUCUCUCUCUCUCUCUCUCUCUCUCUCGCCCAAAACCAAAAGGAAGAAGCUUUUCCCUAGCAGAGCUCCGUAUGGCGGCCGAUGUGAGCUAUCUGAUCAGGGGUAUGAGCGCCUACAAGGACGAUCGGGCUGUCGGCGGCGGCGAACCUUCCCUGAUUACAAGGGAUUUGCUCGGCGGAGGAAGUUCUAGCUCCGCCGUCGGUGGGUCGGAGUGCAAUGAGUUUCAAGAAUUGGACCUCGACGUCCAAGUCCCCACUGGCUGGGAAAAGCGCCUCGAUUUAAAGUCAGGGAAGGUGUACUUGCACAGAAGCAACGCAUCAUCAGCUUCGCCGUCGUCCUCGUCCUCCUCCGAUCACCGACACCAUCACAACCUCAGCCAAGCGUUCCCCAAGCUCCAGGAUUUGAACUUCCCGCCGUCGUCAUCGAGAAUCACGCUCAACCUCUUCGAAGAGAGCAGCCUGGAGCUGAGACUGGCAGCCGCCGCUUCCACCUCCUCCUCCUCCCUCAACUACCAGAGCGUCUGCACUCUGGAUAAGGUCAAAUCAGCCUUGGAGAGGGCGGAGAGGGACUCUGUUCACUCGACGGCGGCGGCGAUAAGGAAGCGGUUUCCGGCGGGGAAGUCGUCGCUGUCCCCUUCUUACUCGUCGUCGUCGUCUUCCGUCAGGGAGCUGGCUGCAGGGGAGGAAGAAACAGAGGAGAGGGCAGGGGCAGCUUCAGCUUCUUCCCCUGUGGCGGCGGGGUGCCCUGGGUGCUUGUCGUACGUGUUGAUCAUGAAGAACAAUCCCAAGUGUCCGAGGUGUAACUCGGUUGUCCCGAUGCCGCCGAUGAAGAAGCAGAGGAUCGACCUCAACAUCUCCAUUUGAAGGCGGCGGCAGUAGGAGGAAAGAGUGGGGGGCUUUUUUUUUGUAAAUGGAUAGAUAGGAAUUAAGAUUUAGGGAUUAAGACAGGGGGUGGGUUAUAUUAGGAGGGAAGGGGUAUAAGAAAAAAAACAAGGAUUUUAAUUAUUAUGAUGGUUGAUUAAUGCAUAUAAACUAUGGUUAUGGAGUCUAUAAUGCGCGCUGGUGUUUUUUUGUUUGUUUGUUUGGGUUUAAUUAUUGUUCUUUGUGGGAUUUUCUCGAUCGGUUUCUUUUUGGGUCUGGAAGUUUGUUUGUUGAGAAGGUGCGGUUGGAUUGCAUAUAAGAUUAUUUGGUCCUAGAUUGCGUUGCGGACUUGCGGGUAGAUGCGCGGGCAAAAUCCUAGUAAGACUGCAGUGGCAGUUUCAGUUUCAGUUUACAGGGACUGGAAGGUGAAAAAUAAGCUGAAUAACAAUACAA